CUUAUAGAAUGUAUUUCAGUAUUGUUGGCGUUCUACGCACAGCUUUCUGUCGGUGACACCCAACAGCAUCCCCGAUCCUGUGGAAUUCCCCAGAUAUCGUCCAGAGGAUCUUUAAUCCGGGGAAAAAUGGCUCGCCGAGGAGAUUGGCCCUGGCAUGUAGGGCUGUUUCACAAGAAAACCAAGUACAUCUGCGGAGGAACCCUGAUCAGCGAAAGCUUCGUGCUGACAGCUGCCCAUUGCUUGUACGAUGAUCAGAACGGUCAAUUUGUUGGUACCCGAGGAAUUUGGGUGCGUCUAGGGAUGUUCAACUUGGACCACUCACUUACGGAUCGCGAUGUUCAAAAACGUCGGGUUAGUCGGAUUUCUCAGCACACUGAAUGGGAUCGAGCUGCGCUGAAGAAUGAUAUCGCGCUUUUGAAGUUGCAAGUAACCGCAGAAUUCACGGAUUACGUCUAUCCGGCCUGUGUUAAUCGUCGGGGAUUGAUCGGAAUGAAUGGAACCGCUGUUGGUUGGGGAAGAACCGAGUACAGUGAGUUAUCGACGACGCUGAAAAUGUCUACGCUAUCAGUUAUAGAUGAGACAGAGUGUUUGGCUAGUGAUCCAGAUUUUUUCGGGCCAAGGCUUGGUCGCGGAAUAUUUUGUGCAGGUCAGAAGCACGAAAUGACGGUUUGUGAUGGCGAUGGUGGGGGAGGAUUGUUUUUUAGACGCAAUGACAUUUGGUUCUUGGGUGGAAUCGAUUCAUUCAAGAAGGCUCGCACCUUGAAUGAUUCUGCUUGUGAGCCUCAUGGGUUUGCAGGUUUUACCGACGUGGCCCGGUACCUGUCCUGGAUGAGUAACGUUACAUCGAUUGAUUUCGAGACCGAUGACUUCAUCACACUGCCAUCGAGAUCGAAGGAUCCAGUAAUCAACAACUUCAGACGUGUUGCCGAUGAAAAAUGCAGCGAAUACCGACAGAAUAACACCGAAAACGAGGAAAUCGUGGGUGGAAACAUGGCCAUCAUACAUGACGGUCCCGAUCAAACAUGUUUGGCUAACAUCAUCAGUCCUCGUUAUUUGCUCAGCACUAGUAGCUGCAUUCGUUCGAGUCUUGCAGAAGCCAACUUAAGUGCAACUUUUCCUGAAUUAAACCUGACCCUAUCAGGGUUGGACCCAGUUUUCCCACCAAACUACCCCCCGCAACAAUUCGACAGAAACCCUCCAAUGCUCAUCGAUUUACAGACGAACUUCUACCAAUUUUUCCCAUAUAUCUCCUGUCUCUGGACCGAUCUUGACGAAAGCUCGUCAGCAUUUCUCGAUGGCUUUGAAUAUCUAGCCGCCCGAGAAGGAACUGAGACGACGAUAGCGCUAUCAGAAGACGAAAGACAUCUGUUUGCCUUUAGCCAAUUCUCUUGUGAUGUAGGUCGCAAUAUUUUGGGGACUGGGUUGCACCUCAAAAAAGACGGGGAAUCUUUCUACCGGAUGGUCGGAUUGUUGGUUGACUGCAAAGCGUCCCACUUCGUCCGAAUAGAUCCGUUACUGGACUGGAUAACUGGCGUUGUUUGGCCCAAAGAAAAUUUGAAUACGGAUAUUGUUGCCCGUAAUUCAGAAGAUUACAAGGAAUCACUGGAAGUUGAUGAUGAAGAUGCUAGUACGACGCCACCACCGGAGGAUGCGUUUCCGAAGUUAUGUGCCAUGAUCAGAGGGCGUCGUGGAGAAUCGUUUUGUUCGGGUUCGAAUAUAAAAGCGUGAGGUAGAUUUAAAGAAAUUUCACAUCAA